AUGCAGCACAAGGACGAGGUCGAUGACAACGGCAACCUCUCCAACAACUCGGAGGCGCAGACCCUGUCGUCGGAGCUCACCUAUCAAAUUGCCGCGCUCGGCCCCAAGCUGCAGGCCUACAACGGCCAGGGCGUGACCGACUUGCGCAACGCUGUCGCCGACGCCACGGGCGUGUCAUUCCACGUGCCUGUCUCGCUAAACAAGCAUUUUGUCGUGCGCAGAUCCGUCCAGUCCUUCUACACCGGCCGCGAGCAGCAGAUGUCCAAGAUCACGGCUGCCUUUGAGCAGCCACUCUCCCAAACCCAGAGACGGUUCGUCGUCUACGGCCUGGGAGGCUCGGGCAAGACGGAGCUGGCGCUCAAGUACGCCCAAGACAACGCGCAAAAGUUCUGGGGCGUCUUCUUCGUUGACGCCAGCACCCGCAAGAGCGCGGCAGGGAGCUACGCGGAAAUUGCAAAGAUCGGAGGGGUCGACCACAACGAAAAGGCGGCCCAACACUGGCUUGCAACCAGGAGCGUUCCCUGGCUUUUAGUCGUCGAUAACGCUGACAGCGAGACGGCCCUGGACGACUUGCUGCCCUCUGGCACCAAAGGCUGCAUCCUUGUCACGUCUCGGAACCCGGCUCAUAAGUCGUACGGCACUUCUGGAGAGAGGUUUCUCGAACUCAAGGACAUGAACGUCGAGGAAGCAAAUGAGCUCAUCCUCAAGGUUGCCGAGGAGCCCAGGCCGUGGGACACGUCAGUCCAGGAUACCGCAAGCGCCAUCUGCACCGCUCUCGGAUACUUGCCCCUGGCUAUAGUCCACGCGGGCAAAGCUGUUCUCCACAAUCUUUGUUCGUGGAACGGCUACCUUGAGUACUACGAGAGAAGCAUCAAGCUCAUUCGCCGACAGUGGCACAGUCGCCGCGACCGGAGCUCGUCGAGAAAUCGCCGCCGCAGACAAGAGGACGACGCCAGCAUGAACGUCUUCUCCACGUAUGAAAUCCUCUACAGAAAUCUUGAGCUGCGUCAAGACGAGGAGGACCACAAGGAUGCCGUACAAUUGCUGCAAGUGUUUUCCUUCUUUCACUGUCAUGAUAUCCGGCUUGACACUUUAAUUUCUGCCGCGGUCGGCCCCACCAAGGAAGCCAAGGCGCGUCAAAAGUCGCCUCAAAGCCAGGAGGACGAGGAAGCGUCACGGAGGCUGGCAGCGAGAAAGGGGUCCCUGUCCAGCUGGCUUACUACACAAGCGUACCGGGUGUACAAGUUUCUCGAAACCCCCCCGCCACUGCCCGAUGUCUUGAAGAACACGGACAAUCUUGACGACGAGGAUUUUGAGGCCAACGUCGGGGACCGCCUGCGUGCCGCCAUGAGAGUGUUGAUCAGUAUGUCGCUCGUCGCUCGGCAGGACCGGCUGGAGGAGCGGUACUCGAUUCACCCGCUGGUGCACAGAUGGAUCAGGGAGCGGCCGCAGAUUUCCACGUCGGAACAGGCGCUCUGGUGUCAGAUGGCGACGACCGUUCUGGCUCGCAGCAUCCCCCUGCCCCCUCUCGGCGGCUCAGACGAUGAACUGAGCAAGCGCCUCAAGCUUCUCCCUCACAUCAUGCACGUCCGG